CGCAGCGGCUGCGGCGGCAACAAGUGCCGGAGCCGAUAGGAGCCGGAGCUGUCUCCGCCGCCGACACCACCGGGCUGCCAGUCGCGGGCGCAACGCAUGGAGUUUGAGCGGCUGCGGUCGCCAGGCUGAGCCGCGCCGAGCGGCUGGGACGUGGAUGUGGCCGCGAUAUCCCGCCCCCGCCCCGCUGAGCAGGAGCUGCUCCCGGACAAGAUAUGAGAAAUGAGUGUUGGACGUCGGAGAAUAAAGUUGUUGGGUAUCCUGAUGAUGGUAAAUGUCUUCAUUUAUUUGAUUGUGGAAGUCUCCAAAAGCAGUAACCAAGAAAAAAAUGGAAAGGGGGAAGUAAUAAUACCCAAAGAAAAGUUCUGGAAGACAUCUGACCUUCCUGUGGCAUAUUGGAACCGAGAACAAGAAAAGCUGAACAGGCGGUACAAUCCUAUUUUGGGCAUGUUGGCAAACCAUACAGGGGAGCUGAAUGGGUUUUCCAACAUAAGCCAUCUGAAUUACUGUGAACCUGACCUGAGGGUCCAGUCUGCAGUUUCAGAUUUCAACAAUUUGCCAGACAGGUUUAAAGACUUUCUGCUGUAUUUGAGAUGUCGAAAUUACUCACUGCUUAUAGAUCAACCAGAUAAGUGUGUAAAGAAGCCUUUCUUACUGCUGGCGAUUAAGUCCCUCAUUCCACAUUUUGCUAGAAGGCAAGCAAUUCGGGAAUCUUGGGGCAGAGAAACCAACGUGGGGAACCAAACAGUGGUGCGUGUCUUCUUACUAGGCCAGACACCCCCAGAGGACAACCAUCCUGAUCUUUCAGAUAUGCUGAAAUUCGAGAGUGAGAAGCACCAAGACAUUCUUAUGUGGAACUACAGAGACACUUUCUUCAACUUGUCCCUGAAAGAAGUACUCUUUCUCAGAUGGGUGAGCACUUCCUGCCCAAACGCUGAGUUUGUGUUUAAGGGCGAUGAUGAUGUUUUUGUGAAUACCCAUCACAUCCUGAAUUACUUGAAUAGCUUAUCCAAAAACAAAGCCAAAGAUUUGUUUAUAGGUGAUGUGAUCCACAAUGCUGGACCUCAUCGGGAUAAGAAGCUGAAGUACUACAUCCCAGAAGUUGUUUACACUGGCGUCUACCCGCCGUAUGCUGGAGGGGGUGGAUUCCUCUAUUCCGGCCACCUGGCCCUGAGGCUGUACAAUGUGACUGACCGGGUCUUUCUCUACCCCAUUGAUGAUGUUUAUACUGGAAUGUGCCUUCAGAAACUUGGCCUCGUUCCAGAGAAGCACAAAGGCUUUAAGACAUUUGAUAUAGAAGAGAAAAAAAGGAAUAAUAUUUGUUCCUAUUUAGAUUUGAUGUUAGUACAUAGUAGAAAACCUCAAGAGAUGAUUGAUAUUUGGUCUCGGUUGCAAAAUGCUCAUUUAAAUUGCUAAAAUGUACACAAACUACAUUUUUCAUAGAGAUAUCUUGGAUAGUUUCCACAUUGUGUUCUAUCAUUAGGGCAAAUUCCUAUUUUCAACCAUCAAAAUUGCCUUCAUAAGUAGUAUCUAUUUGAGGGCCUCUAAACCCUUCAAUGUGGUACUUUCUGAAGAGGGAAAGCAGAAGCUCGUAAUUUUUAAAGAAGGAUAUGGCAGGACAGUUGGUUCUAAUUCUUCUUUUUGGUUAGUGGUCAUUAUUUUCUAAUUUGCCCCCUUCUUACCUGAAAUAAUAAGUUUUUGGAACUUGACUAUUUUAAGUUAUUUUUGUUUCACUCAAAUAUGGUAAUAUUCCUACUUUCCAUUAUAAUAAGUGAAUUAUCUGCAAUUUAGGUGUUUAUAAAACUAUUGUAUACAAAUGAUUUGCUAUAUGUGGUUCAACAGUUUUUGUGAAGUGGAAUAAAAUUUGUUAUUAUAAAAUCUGGGUGAUUUUUUAAAAAUUGUCCAGAAAAAUUGACUUCUGUCUAAAUUUCCUGCCACCCCAGCAGUAUUUUCUUGUGUUAAUACAAUCAGUUAAUUUUGCAAAAUGAGACUCACUGUGUUACCCAGUUUAUCUUGUUACGGUCAUGGUACGGAGACUGUAAUACAGGAACACAGUGAUUGUUCUUGUGUUUGGUUUGCUACAUGGUAUCAUAAUAGUUCUCUGUUUUUAGUGUUUGCAAAUAACGAGUAUGAUUCCAUAAUGGCCAACUGAAGGUUGAAUUGACACUGGCAGCCAUACUGUGUUUAUGAUUUUUUAAUGUGGACCAGGAAAGCAUAUGCAGCUUUCGAACUUGAAGUGAAAAGACCGAAGUGGCAGACCUUGUCGUGAGUGGAUCCUGGAUUCAGUUCUUGCCAUAUCUUCACAUGUUGCUUAUACAAAAUUAUCUGAGUAGCAGCUGCUUCCCUGUCUCAGUGUAGAAGUGCCUGUGUUUUUAUUUAUUGUUCAGAUCAACGACCAAAACAUUUUCUUAAAUAUAUUUUGUGUAAUAUUUUAUUUGUAUACAGUGUUGUUGAUAAAAUAUUUAACUAGAGCAUGUUAUUUUAAAUGCAAGGUGUAACAUAUGUUAAAUAAAGCUGUUAUUUUUGAAUUUUAGAAUUCAUUUUUUGGGGAGCUGUGAACUGCUAGAGUUGACAACAUUCUGCCAAACCGUUGAUUAUAUAUACCAUCUUGUAACAUGCUUUCUUGAAAUUUUUUUGUGUUUAUAGAGAUCAGGAUUCUUAACCAAAUGUAAUUCUGGGGAUUAUACAAAGAUUAAAAUAAAAGUCAUUGCAUUUUUAAUUGUCAUUUAUAAUGGGUAGUAAU